UCUGCCCGCGGAGACUUGCCCGGGUACGUCGGUCGCCCUUGUACUUAAUGCGAUUGAAAUGGCGACUAGUUUUGCUAACAUUUCCUAGCGGUUACUUUCCUCUCCACGAAGACCAAAGCCGUGUAUAUCGCCCUCAUCCGUUCCAAAUCGACGCGACCAAGGCUCGUAUGAAAUCGAUACAACUUGCAACCGAAGAAAGCCCAAACGAGCAAGCCCCCGGUCAUCCUCCUGUCAGAAAAGGAGAGAUCGGUCCGGCCACCACCAACGUCCCCCCAGCAAAAGGCGACCGAGCUAUGGAAAAGCCACAUUUAAAGCUGGACAACAUCAAAAGAGCUGGAUCAGCUUCCGCCUCAAACACCCCUGUUGCUUCCUACAUGCCGCUUGGCGACCAGAGUAACCCUUUGCCUAUGGGCAAAUACUAUCCAUCCAAUUACGAGAAACGGAAGGGCGAGAAGAGAAGAAAAGGCAUGAAUCAUCGGCCUGCAAUAUCAGAACCAACAAUGGCCGCCCCUGUCAAAUCGGAGCCACAAGUGCCAGUCAUCAAUCAACCUUCUAGUGCGAGCCACGCACGAACCGAUUCGGAAGCGAGAUACCGGUUGCAGCAGUAUCAGCGCGAUAUGAUUGCACAAGCGACGAUGGCCUUGAAUCGUGGGAAGGCUAAUGAAGCAGCGCCGAGUUACAUACGAUCAAUGGGAUUCAACAACAUGAUGAAACCAAGCAAACCGCGAUUAAUCCCGUUAGGAAGCCCGGGCCCUGUCACCCCUAUGGAGCUUGAGGGUUCUGCUGACGGAUACCUGUCUGUACAUGGACCAGCCACAGCACAAGCCGAGCUCGGUCAUGUUAUAAGGUCCGAAGAGGAGCAACCACGACAGGAAUUCAAUGCCUCACCUGUGUUAGAGUUAGGACUCAGCACAGUAUAAGUCUACGAAUUUUGCUUGACAAUAAGGACAGCAGCUCUUCCCUGCUCUGUGAACAAGCAAUCAUACUUGGCCCACGAUCAGAGGUUCUGAAGGCGUCUUGUUCUACCCUGUGCGACGUCAAACAUUCGAAUGACCCUGUCGGCGGCCGCUGCAUUUUGUUCUAACAAAGCAUACGGGCACCUUAAGAUGCCAUCUCCUUUUAUCUCUCCAAUGAUACCCCCAGUCCAUCGCCUCUCGGUGGAUAUUGAAGCUUGGAUUUUCGUGGGCGUUUAGUAAAAAAAGGAAAGAAAGAAAGAAAGAAAGGAACUUGUAAUGGGUACCUAAUUAAGUAUCUAAGGAGAAGCGAGGAUACCCUUAUUUCCCACGACGAUUGCGUGCAGCCUAGGGCGAAUAUAUCGUCGAAUGCAUAAUGUGCUUCAUACUUAGCGAAGUUAUAUCCUUUGGUUUCGCUACAUCUGUUUAGUGCGUUUUCAAAGUACUUGAGAAGUUGGGGUUCUCGAAAUAGAGAGGCCGAUGAAGAGUCAGGCAGUUAGUUAGUUAGUUAGUUAGGUACCAGGCUAGUCAGUCAGUCAUUUAGCUGUUGGGAAUUUAUCCACUCAUCCAUCCAUCCAUCCUUUCUUUCAUGUGUCCAAAUAUCGUAUAAGUGAA